AUGCUGGCCAAGGCUAUUUUGGGUUCAUGCUUAGCGCUGUGGAUUGGUUGUUCCAUCGCCUUGGCUCAGGAUUCCAACAUGACCAGAGCUCUGCAGCUGAUGUCCGAGGUGCCCCUCAUCGAUGGCCAUAAUGACCUGCCUUGGCAGCUUCGAAAACAAUUCAACAACGAACUGAAUAAAGUGGAUCUUAACACACUGACAACAACACACACCAACAUCCUUAAGAUCAAGGAGGGACGGCUUGGAGCACAGUUCUGGUCAGCUUAUGUACCUUGUGAAACCCAGUAUAAAGAUGCUGUCCGACAAACACUGGAACAGAUAGAUGUGGUUCACAGGAUGUGCCAGAAGUAUCCAGAAACCUUCAUGUUUUCCACCAGUAGCCAAGACAUCAUGGACGCCUUCCAGUCUAACAGAACAGCCAGUCUGAUUGGGGUGGAGGGUGGCCACUCCAUCGACAGCAGCCUGGGUACCCUGCGCACCAUGUACCACCUCGGUGUCCGCUAUCUCACACUUACACACUCCUGCAACACACCCUGGGCGGACAACUGGCUUGUUGACACUGGAUCAGAGCCAUCUCAGCACAACGGCCUCUCGUCUUUUGGCAAGCAACUUAUUGUUGAAAUGAACCGUCUGGGGAUGCUGAUCGACCUGGCUCAUGUGUCAGUAGAAGUGAUGAACCAGGUGCUGAGCCUGUCAAAAGCUCCGGUUAUCUUCAGCCAUUCCUCAGCAUACAGCGUCUGUCCGCACAAGAGGAACGUUCCGGAUGAUGUUCUCCGCAGAGUGAAUGAAACUAGAGGAAUUGUGAUGGUGAACUUCUACAAUGACUACGUGACUUGCAGCGAAACCGCUAAACUCUCAGAUGUUGCUGAUCACUUUGACCAUAUAAAAGAAGUUGGGGGUGCAGGCAUUGUUGGUUUCGGUGGAGAUUAUGACGGAGUUACCAGACUACCAGAGGGUUUGGAGGACGUGUCAAAGGUGCCCAAUCUAGUGGCUGAAUUACUGAGGCGAGGAUGGACUGAUGAGGAGGUCAAAGAUGCCCUUGGAAAUAAUCUGCUUCGGGUCAUGAGAGACGUUGAGAAGGUUCGUGAGAACAUGAAGGAGGAGAAGCCAGAUGACAUCCCCAUUCCUUACGAUGAGGUGAAAAACCUGUGCAGGACGAGCUUUGGUUACCCCAACAUUGGAGCUGUUCAUUCACUCAGCAUUAUGGCCCUUCUCCUCUCACUGGUUCCCCAGGCUUUUAUUAUGUUAACAGUUUAUUAG